CCGGGAGCACCGGACAGGCAGAGCAUCGGGGAACGGGAAAACCGUGGGCACUGAGGAACUGGGAGCAGCAAGCAGGCACAGCACCGGGGAACGGGAAAACCGUGGGCACCGGGGAACCGGGAGCACCGGGCAAGCACAGCACUGGGGAACAGGGGAGCCGUGGGCACCGAGGAAUGGGAAGAGCAUGGAUAUGGGGGAACCGGGAGCGCCAGGCAGGCACAGCACCAGGGAACGGGAAAACCGUGGGCACCGGGAGCACCAAGCAGGCACAGCACCCGGGAGCUGUGGGCACCGGGGGAAUAGGAAAAGCAUGGAUAUGGGGGAACUGGGAGCACCGGGCAGGCAGAGCAUCAGGGAACGGGAAAACGGUGGGAACCGGGCAGCUGUGGGCACCGGGAAACAGGAAAACCAUGGGCACCAGGGAACUGGGAGACCAGGCAGGCACGACACCAGGGAAAUGGGAAACUGGGGGAACUGGGCAGCUGUGGGCACCGGGCAAUGGGAAGAGCGUGGAUACGGGGGAACCGGGAGCACCAGGGAACUGGGAAACUGCGGGAACCGGGCAGCUGUGGGCACCGGGGAAUGGGAAAAUGGGUGGAACUGGGAGCACUGGGCAGGCACAGCACCGGGGAGCCGUGGGCACCGAGGAACGGGAAAACUGCGUCGACUUCAAGAUGAAGACCAUCGAGGUGGACGGCAUUAAGGUGCGGAUACAGAUCUGGGACACAGCAGGGCAGGAGCGGUACCAGACCAUCACCAAGCAGUACUACCGGCGGGCACAGGGCAUCUUCCUGGUGUACGACAUCAGCAGUGAGCGUUCCUACCAGCACAUCGUGAAGUGGGCCAGCGACGUGGAUGAGUACGCGCCCGACGGCGUCCAGAAAAUCCUUAUCGGGAACAAGGCGGACGAGGAGCACAAGAGGCAAGUGGCCAAAGAGCAAGGGCUGCAGCUGGCCAGGGAGUACGGGAUGGAUUUCUACGAGACCAGCGCCUGCAGCAACCUGAACAUCAAGGAGUCCUUCACGCGGCUGACGGAGCUGGUGCUGCAGGCGCAUCGCAAGGAGCUGGAGGGGCUGCGGGGCCCCCCCCGCACCCCCACCCUGGCCCGCUUGGAUGAGGAUGAGCAGCAGCCCCUGGGGAGCGAGGACAACCCCAAAGCCUGCUGGUGUUGAAGCCUGGGGGGGCCGCCCCUUAACCCCCCCCCACCCCCAGGCUGUGUUGGGGGGGGGGGAGGGGAGGGGCACAGCAGGUGCAGGAUUGGGGCAGCCCCGAUGGGGGGGGGGGUGGGGGGAGGAGGGUGGCAGGAGCCUGGUGGCAACCCAGGACAUACACACCCCCCCACCCCGAGGAGGGUGGGGGGACAGGCAGGUGUUAUGGGGGUGCCCCCCACCCAUCCUGGCACCCACACUCCCCCUCAGUGGGGGGGUGGGGGGGGUGGGGGUGUGUCACAGGCGCUGUGUGCCCAACCCUCCCCCCCUUACCCCCCCCCAUUUUACACACACGUGCAAUUUGCAGAAUAAAGGUGAUGUUGGAGGUA